CACAAUUGCACGACACGUGGAUUAUAAAUGAGUGACUUCACAGUACUCGUAAAAUGUUACCGUGUUACCGAAUCAACAUGAGAUUAAAUUACUGGUGUCUCCGGGUGAGCCUGUUUCGGAUUGGUCACUGAUAACACACCCCGGGUAUUUAAGUUUCUCAAAUCUUUUGUCUCGAUUCAACAAGCAUCGUCUUGAAAGCAACAAGUGACCCUCCGCUGAAUUAAUUCAGUCAAGAAGAAUAACAAAAAACAAUGUCUUCUGUAGACAUCCAGAAAGCUGUCUUUAGCGUAUCCAAAGCAGAAGAUGUGAGACAAGAAACCAUUCUUCUGAUGAAGCCCUAUGCCAACUGGGAAGAGUUUUUAAUGCCAGGCCCACUCUCUAUUGCCAUCCUUGGAGAGUUGGUCUACAUCUCCUCAAAAGGUGACUUCUCCAUUAACAAGAAUCCACCUGAAAAGGGAUAUGAAUAUAUCCGCCACCCAGAGUCAUUCCGUGCUUGUCUUAUGCAGGUGACAAACAGUGGAUGGCUGGCUUUUAAUGAAGCUCACAAGAACAUGGACCAAAUUCGACUUCACUCUGGUACUGUGCCCCUUUACUUGAAAAUGGCUGUAAGGACACUUCUUCAGAACAACCCUGACCGUGCCCGAGCGCUUAUUCCAAGCCAGUUGCAAAAUAUUAGAAAUAUAGCCAGUGAGUGUACACGGCUGGCAGAGUCAACAGAGAAGAAAUUCACAGAUGUCAUUCUGCUUAUUCAAGAAAUAUUGGAAGCUUGCAUUAAUGCAAAGCACCUUUAUGAAGAGGAUUUACAGAACAUCAAGCUCAAAUUGGAAGAAGCCAAAAUGAAGAAAGAAUCAACAGACAUGGCCACAAAACUAGCUGAGGAGAACCUGACCAGAAUGUCUAAAGAGCUGGAUGAGGCUCAUGACCAAUUUAAAAAAUCCUUGGACUCAAUACCCACUGGCUGGGAGAUGGUUGGGAUGACUUUGGCAGAAGGUAUCACAGGUUCUUUAAAUAGUUUUAUCUCUGGUACAUUAUCUAUAUUGUCAUCCCCCAAAAAAAUUACUAAUAAAUUUAAAAGUUCAUCCAGUGAAUCUUCAAAUUCUGUUAAAAGUGAUAACCCUUUGGCUGUUAACAAUAUUUAUUCCAAAUCCAUACAACUGCUUAGAUUGUCACAGCAAAUGCAAAUGUUUCUGGGAAAUGAUCAGAUCAAAUGGAAGGAAAUCUAUGAUGAAAGAAAUGAAUCUCUGAAAUCAAACUGGCUUAAGAAACAGUAUGAAGAUAUUGAGAAGAGAGUGAAAGCAGAAGAAGAUUGCAAGCCCAAAGAGAAAGCCCUUAACAUUUGUAAAGCUGCUAUUUCCAUUUGUAACAUGCUGACAAAAUACGCGCCCAAGAAAGUUUGUACUGAUGAAGAAAAGAAGAACCUCUUAACACAGAUAGCCAAUCUCAAAGACAGUUGUGAGAUGUUUGACUCCGAGAGCAAGUCCUUCACAAAAUCCCCUGCUUUUCAAACUCCUCCACCAAAUAUAGCACAGAAAAAUAAUGAAGCGCAGAAAAGUGCCGUUCAGGCCGCCUCUGAUAAUGCCAGAUUUAAAAUCGAACAAAGCCAGGCCCAACUUAAGCAAGCGCAAGACACGUACAAGAAAAGUAUUGAGAACUUUGAGAAGAACAACAAGGAACUGACGGAUAUUCUUGUCUCCAUGCGGAGUUGCCAGGUAAAGGAGAUCGAUUUCAAUACUGCGAUAAAAAUGCUAAUGAAAGGCCUAGAUGCCAUGGGAAGAGUGAAGGAGCAGUGGGAGAAAAUGGUUCACUUCUUUCAGAUGAUAUCUAACUUAAUCUGUACUUGCCUGAACACCUCAUUGAAGCAGUUUGUUACAUCAGCAGAAUCGAUUGACGGGAUUGAAGGCUACUCAUCCAACUCUUUUGUGACGGACAUGAUCUACACCCAGGCUUUCCAGGCUUCCAAUAUUGCAAAUCUGGUCAAUAUGAUUGCUGGAACGUACACUGAGAUCUCAGACCAAUAUCUUAUGGACAAAGUCAGCAGCCUUGGCCGCCUCAUGGCUCUAGAUCCCAGCAAUCCUCAGUUGGAAAAUGAGCGCAUAUCAUUAGCCAACGAUUGUGACUCUGCAAAGGAUGGCAUUCGUAGCUUGGUGCUAAAGAAUAAGGAGGAGUUUGAAGGCAGCAUGAAUUCACGAUUGGAGAAAAUCCAAAGCAGUCUGCAGUCAGUGCUGCCUCCAAUUUCUACUGCUGAACAAAAGAAGAUACAAAGUAACAUCUCCAUGGGCUUGAAGAAUUUGACCUUAGAAGAGGAGGGUCAGUAUGCAUGAAGGAGUGACAACCUAUUGAAUGUGGACAUGCAUUUUUAACAGCUCCUUCGGUAAGUUAAGACAUCAUUGUUGCAGUGCAUCUCGGUUUUUAGUUUUUUGGCUGACUGUAUUCACUUUCUGGUCCAGUUGAUGAAAAUAUUCAUAUCUGCGACUUGAGAUAAUUUCCCUUUGAUAAUGUGUCUUAUCAAACCUUAAGAAAAACAAUUCAUUUUGUGGAAAUGAAACCAACCUCAUCGUCAUGAGACGUCAAAGUCAAGCUUGUCAUUGUCAUCUCAACCAUAUACAAGUAUACAGACAGAUGAAAUUGCGAAGCUCGGAAGGAAGCGCACAGAAAAAAGCGCACAGGAAAUAACCACACCCGAUAGGUAUCCGUCAAUAUGGGCGCGCACAUAAAAGCGAUCUUCAAAAGGAUGACCUCAAUUGAGCGCCGAAUAAAUGUGCG